CGGGGGUGGUCGUAAGGCGGUGGGGCGGGCGCGGCGCUGUGGGACGAGAGUUGGGACCAUGGCUAUUGACUGGAUUGGUUUUGCAUAUGCGGCAAUGCUGGCUGUUGGAGGUGUUGUAGGAUACACUCGUAAAGGUAGUAAAAUCUCUUUAGUUGCUGGUCUGACGUUUGGUUCUGUGGCUGGUUAUGGAGCUUACUGCGUAACACGUGACCCAAGAAAUGUGAAGAUAUCAUUGUUUUCAUCUUUUCUUUUGACCAUUAUAAUGGGAAUGAGGUUCAAGAGGUCCAAGAAAUUAAUGCCAGCCGGAAUAGUAGCAUGCCUGAGUCUUUUGAUGAUUUUGAGGCUUGUUUUCAUGCUGCUGUAAGAGAAUUUGGAAACUCAGGAACCCAAGUAUGACUGCCAAGCCAUACCGAACAAGCUCUCCAUACUUGAAAGAGGAGUUUGAACCCAAGUCUUAAAUUGCAUUUAUCUUUCCUGUAAAGAUCUGUACCUCUUAACUGACGAUUGGCAUUUGCUGAUAUUUUGCAGUAUGUUUUGAUCUACUUACAUUUAAGCAGUCUGUUAACUCAAAGAAUCUCUUUAAUUUUGAUCUCUCAGGAGUGCUGAGCACUCCAGAAAAUUGAGUUAGCCUUGCACUGUAUCUCUGAGAAAAGUAUAUAAAUAAAUGGUUUAUGGUAAAAAUGUAUAUUGUAUUGAACCAUAAUUUUGUAGCUUCUGGGAUUCGGUAAUCAAUUCUGGCCUGUACUGUGGUGUAGUAGAAAACUCACCUUCCCUUCCAACACAGGCACUUAACUGUUUCUAAAUGCAAAAACUGUUAUCAGUGAUCAAAUAAAAUGUAAAAUGUGUGAAGCUUCCAUUUUUUACACAGACUACUGAGUUCAGGGAUUGGCAUUACUUUAGAUGGCACAGGUAAUAAUUAGU